CCGAGCUGGGCGUGCAUCGUCUCAGUCUCCUACCCCAUCUCAGAUCGAUCUCAAGACCUCGCCUGAACCCACCACCUCUCUCUGCUCUCCGGCGAGGCCACCACCAUGGCCCAAUCACCACUCCAAACCCUAAUACCCUUCCUCCUCCUCCUCCUCCUCCUCUCGACUGCCCCCGCCGUAGCGCCGGCCGCCUUCCCCGGCAUCGACGCCUUCCUCGCCUCCUCCGCGGCGCGGGACCCCACGGCCGCCAACGACACCUUCGCCUCCCUCCCCGCCAGCCUGCGCCGCGCGCUCUCCGUCCCGUCCCCGAUCUCCGCGUCCCGCCUGCUCUCCCUCUCCGCCGCCGUCCCCGUCAACGUCCGCCUCGCCGGCGCCGCCUUCCCGGCCUCCUCCGCGCGCCUCCUCCCAUCCUACGUCUCCUCCGCCGUCUCCUCCGCGCCCUUCCACUCCAGCCGCCGCCCGCACCGCCUCGCGCUCUCCCACAGCCUCCACCUCGACGUCGCCGCCCCGGCCGCGUCCUCCCAGCUCGUAACCAAGGCCGCGGCCGCCGUGCGCGCCCACCUCUCCUCCGCCCCCGCGCCCUUCCACGCCACCGCGCUCUCCUCCGUGCCCUACUCGCUCGUCGACGACCUGGUAGCCGAAGACUACCGAUCCCUAGUCUCCUCCUCCUCCGCCCCAGCCAUCUACAUCUACUUGCUCGACCUCGGGAAGCAGCCGCGGCCGUACGCCUACACCGCGGCGCCCGGCUCCGCCGACUCCCACUCGCCCGCCUUCUCCCGCUGCCUCGCCCCUGUCUGGGCGGGCAAGGACCGCUACCUCUGGAUCGACCUCGGCGCCGGCCCCGUGGACUACGGGCCCGCGCUCUCCGGUGACGGCGUCCUCCCCCGUGGUGAGUUCCAUCCUCUCGCCGCUCUCCACGGCCGGCCCAAGUCCGAGAAAGCACUCGUCGCCAGUCUCGCCUCGCUGGUCCUCAGCGCUUACAAGUUGCUGCUAGUGCCUUCGCUCAGAAUCCCAGUGCAUUACGAGAGCUCUCUGCUUAUUCGUUUCAUUCACAUCCAUGGAGAGGAGAAAGAUCCCGCCGGGCUUGACUGGCGUGCAAUUGAGCAGUCGAUUCGGGAUGGAGAUCUACCCUAUGAGGGGCAAAGCUUGAAGUUUGAUUUCCACAGCGUCAAGUACUCGGAGUGCCCGAUUUGCUCGUUCGUGGUUGCCCGCUCAACACACUCGUUCACAUCCAGGUUCUUGUUUGAUAAUUACACCAUGAUUGUGAGCGAGUACCUGGACUCCAAGCGGAUGAGGCAGGUGCUGUCGGACUCGUCGGAGGAGUUGCACCGUGUGGCUGGGGUUCAUGACAACGAUGAUGUGCAUGACAAGGUUGUCCCAGUCUAUGUGUUUGAUUUGGAUUACGACAAGCUUCUGUUGCUGGAUAGGUACCACCAGGCGGUGGCUUUCCGUGAUAUGGUUGUUGCGGUCAGGACGAGGAGCUCGCAGACGGUCAGUGACUACAGCUGUAACGGCCGGCAUGUGAUCACGAAGACCAGGAAUCUCGAGCGUCCGAUCAUUGGCUCGGUUCUGCAGACCAUGUUUGGUGUCUCACCCACGCACCAGUCAUGGAGCCCCGAGCACGAUGCCACGGUCGUUGAUUAUACCUGGAGCACCGGACAUACACCAUUUGGGCCGUUCUCAGAGACCAAAUCGCUGUCUUUUGUGCAGAAAGAUGCAGCCCGUAGGAAUGUUCUUCUUACCACCCUCAACUACACAAUCACCAGUACAGUUACUGUUCUGGACUCACUGGCUGCCCAUGGUGGGGAGAAUAUACUCCUGAGAAAGAAAAGGCAUGUUGAGUUCAUUCAAAGGUGGAAUCUGCUCACUUACAAGUUGGAGAAGCUGGUGUCAGCCAUGUCCCACCUCGAUUACAACAAGGCAAUGUACCUUUUGAGAUCUUCAGACCAUGAUAUGUAUGCCCUUUUCUCAUUGGUGUAUCAGGCUUCUCAGGAGCUAGAAGCGUCAUUGGUUUGCUUCAAGGAUCCACCAUUCCCAUGGUUAUCAGUUUCCUUGUCUGGAGUUUUCGUAUUUGGUUUCUUCUAUGUGUACUCUAAGAGGGAUAAAUUGUUUAGGAGCAAAAGGAAGCAGUUCUGAGUUCUUACAGCAGUUUUGUUGGUGGAUACUGUUUGAAAGGUUUGUCCUGAUGAUACUGUAGUUGACAGCUGCCAGGAAGUUGCAUCCUUGCAUAUUACAUGGAGCUGUGACUCGACACUGGAAAUGGUGCAUAUUGUUCCAGCAAGAUAAACUUACUUACAAGAGGUACUCUAGAUUAUUUAAGGGAAGCAAUGCUUCCACUAGUAUUGUAAGUUUAAUGUGCCAGAAUUGCCCUUGAUGCAUAAUGUUGAUCUAGAUUUUGCA